AUGACUGCCUUUAAAAUGUUGCUUCUUAAUUUAAGAUUGCCUUCCUGUCUUGAAGAAGAAAAGACUUGCUCUACCAUAGAGGAGCCAGCAAAAUUAAAGAAUAUUGCUGAUGGAGACGAAGCGAACUUAACCGUUAAAGGAGUUUCAUAUAAAAUUACUGUUAUUGCAAGAAGCGAAAGCAGAACUUUCCUGGACGAAAUUGACGUUUCUGAAGAUGGAAAAAUUAUCCCUAUCAGUAACAAUUCAUCAAACAGCGGCCAUAGAAAGAAGAACAAUUCUUCGGAAAAAACAUCAAAGAAUAAGAGUAAAGAAGCUGUGCAGACUCAAAUAAAUAAGGAGGUGAUGGGAUUAAGACAUCUCACAACUGCGACUGCAGAAAUCAGCACCAAAACAGAAGUGCCUCAGAAGAAAAAUCUUCAUGUUAAGAAACACCAAAUUGUAUCGACAGAAGAAAGAGUAUCAAGAGCAGCGAAUUUUUCAAGUGAAGAAAAAACAGAUUCUGAUGACAGUGAUAAUAUUCGAGAUAUAAAAGAGCCAACUGGUACAAAUAAGAUAAAAAUUCCGAAAGUGCCUCAGAAGAAAAAUCUUCAUGUUAAGAAACACCAAAUUAUAUCGACAGAAGGAAGUGUAUCAAGAGCAGCGAAUGUUUCAAGUGAAGAAAAAACAGAUUCUGAUGACAGUGAUAAUAUUCGAGAUAUAAAAGAGCCGACUGUGCCUAAGAAGAAAAAUCUUCAUGUUAAGAAACACCAAAUUAUAUCGACAGAAGGAAGUGUAUCAAGAGCAGCGAAUGUUUCAAGUGAAGAAAAAACAGAUUCUGAUGACAGUGAUAAUAUUCGAGAUAUAAAAGAGCCAACUGGUACAAAUAAGAAACAAAUUCCGAAAGAUGGAAGUUUUCCUCUGGGAGACCAAAAUGCUGGCAACGCUACGAACUCUAUUAACAAUGUGCCAGAAUUCAUGAACUUGAUGUUCCCAAAAGUAACUCCAGAAAUAGUCGCAUUCCUUGGGCAAUUAGCAAUUUAUGCACAAAAUAAAUUGCAUGAAAAUGCAACAGAAAAUCCAUUUGCCAAUACGACGUCGAGCGAAAAUACUGUUCCACAAUCAUCAUCAUCCACAUCAUCAAUAGCGGUGGUUGUUAAUGGCGAGUUAUUCAUCAACCCCAGACACGAAAUAGAAUUCUUGCGUUUCAAAAAACGCCCUGAAGAAAUGAUUAGGCGUUUAAUGUUAACCUUAGUAGGAAAGGAAGAACUAAAGACAAUGACCGCUCUUGGUUAUUCUAGAUCCGGAAGAGAAGGCAAGCCAAUUCCGGAAGACAUAAGAAAUGCUGUUUAUAAAUAUGUGAAAAAUAAGUCAAAGGCAUUAACGUACGAAAAAUACGUGGAAGUCCUAAAUAACCAAUGUGGUACAUUAAGAAAACCGAGAAAAAACAACGACACUAAGAAAAGCGACAAAUCUAACGAAACAACUGGACAAGGAAAAGAAGUCGAAAAUGUUGAUAAUGAAGAUAAAUCAGAAGAACGUGAAAAUUUAUCAAAACCAACCGCAGAAAAGAGGGCUAAAAAACGCAAACCAGAAGAGUAAGCAGUUUCUGGCCUAUGGCGUCCACAAGCUACAAACCUCCAGUGUCGUUGAUGAUGACAAAAUCUUCAUUGAUUGGUCGAUAGCACAAAAUUUUACAUUCUUUCUACUCAAAUUCUUUAAUUCUUUAAAUUAAUUAAUUAAUUCUUUAAAUUCUUUAAUUCAAAUUCUUUCUUUUCAAUUUCUUAAACUUUAGUCGUAACUUAGAAAAAGCUUU